GGGACCAACUAAUUCACUUCUCCGUUCUUCAAGUUCCUAUCUCCAUCUCCCAAACAAAUUUAUGUAAUAUAAAAGGACAUAUCAUAAAGAUCCCAGAGAGAAGAGAAGAGCCUCAAUUGCUCAAACCUCAAAAAAAGGAAAAAGGGUUUCCUAAUUACUGAGCAGAGCUUGUAGACAUGACAUUGGUCGAGAGAGCUUUGGUUUUCUUGAUGAUGAUGGCAGCUUUACAUGUUUCACAUGCAGCUGUGCACAAGGUUGGGGACUCUGCUGGAUGGACCAUCAUUGGUAAUAUAGAUUACAAGAAGUGGUCUGCUACUAAGAACUUCCAACUUGGUGACACUAUCAUUUUUGAAUACAAUGCCAAGUUCCACAACGUGAUGCGAGUGACACAUGCAAUGUACAAGUCAUGCAAUGCAACAUCUCCGUUGAGCACCAUGAGCACAGGCAAUGACACCAUAAAGAUAACGAAUUAUGGUCACCACUUCUUCAUAUGUGGCAUCCCUGGUCACUGCGAAGGAGGACAGAAGGUUGACAUUAACGUGGUGAAGGUAUCUGCUGCAGCUGCACCCACACCAUCAUCAGCAAUGGCCUCUCCGGUUCCCCCUGCCACUGUGCCUGCACCUUCUCCGAACAAUGCAGCCUCAUUCAUUGUUGCAAAGGCUUUCGCCAUGGCACUGUUUGCACUUGCUCUUUCUAGCUAUGCAUGAUUCGGAUUUGUACUUGUUAGUUGCCAAGAGUUUGGUUUAUGAGGCCAUUUCGAUUUUAUUUUUUUUAAUAAUGGGACAUGUCACUAUAUUUCUCUAGAGCUUCAUUGUCAAGAUCCUUCGCCUAGAUCGUAGGCAUACUUUAUAUUUUUUUUCGCGUAGUCAAAAAUUGAAAUGUAUCAAUGUUAUUUUGAA